CCCCGCCGUUCCUUCAUGAGGUCUCUCGCCUUGCCCGGUUCGCGCGGCCCGAGAAGUCAGCUCCGUCCGCUCUGCCGCGGGCCGGCCGGCUUCCCUCUCGCCAGGGAGAGCCCGGGACGCGCGUCGGCGGAGCGGGGAAGGCCGCGGGCCCGGGCAUUGUGGUGCAGAACCUCCUCCCACCUCCACAGGAAAUUCCUUCACAGACUCCCUCAAGUCUCUGCACGAAGCCUGUUAACCAGACUUCUGAGAGGAUCCUUCUCUUCCUGGCUUCCAAGCCCAAACUGGCCACAUUCCUGCUUCUUUGAGACUGGAUCAUUUGGCUGCCUUGCAGAGAACCCUGGGGUUCGGGCCCCUUUGCUGAGUGUGCCAGAAGAGGAACGCUUCCUGGAAGAAAGAUGCUGCAGCUGCCUUGUGCCAAGGGCAGGAUGCCCUUCUUGGCCCUCUGGCACCUCUUCCGCCACCCCGCUGCCUUCCUGAGCACCCCACGGGUAGAAUACAAGCCAAUCCAGAAGGUGAUGGUAGCUAACCGAGGGGAGAUCGCAAUCCGGGUCUUCCGAGCCUGCACGGAGCUGGGCAUCCGGACAGUGGCGGUUUAUUCUGAGCAGGACACGGGGCAGAUGCAUCGACAGAAGGCGGAUGAGGCGUAUCUGAUUGGUCGCGGCCUCCCCCCAGUUCAGGCCUAUCUGCACAUUCCAGACAUCAUCAAAGUCGCCAAGGAGAAUGCAGUGGAUGCGAUCCAUCCCGGCUACGGCUUCCUCUCUGAGCGAGCUGAUUUCGCCAAGGCCUGCCUGGAAGCUGGGGUGUGCUUCAUUGGGCCCUCUCCUGAAGUGGUGCGCAAGAUGGGGGACAAGGUGGAGGCCCGCGCCAUUGCUAUUUCUGCUGGAGUGCCUGUGGUCCCUGGGACAGAUGCCCCCAUCUCCUCUCUGAGUGAGGCACAGGAGUUCUCGCAGGCGUACGGCUUUCCCAUCAUCUUCAAGGCUGCUUAUGGCGGAGGAGGACGGGGCAUGAGAGUUGUGCGCAGCUAUGAGGAGCUGGAAGAGAACUACACCCGGGCGUUCUCUGAGGCCCUUUCUGCUUUUGGCAAUGGUGCUCUCUUUGUGGAGAAAUUCGUGGAGAAGCCAAGACACAUCGAAGUCCAGAUUUUGGGUGACCAGCAUGGGAAUGUAUUGCAUCUGUACGAGAGGGACUGUUCCAUCCAGCGACGGCACCAGAAAGUGGUGGAAAUCGCCCCGGCUGCGCACCUUGACUCUCAGCUGCGCUCUAAACUCACUACUGAUGCCGUCCGCCUGGCCAAGCAGGUUGGAUAUGAAAAUGCUGGCACGGUGGAGUUCUUGUUGGACAAACAUGGCAAGCAUUACUUCAUUGAGGUCAAUUCCCGGCUUCAAGUUGAGCACACAGUGACAGAAGAGAUCACAGAUGUGGAUCUUGUCCAUGCCCAAAUCCACAUCGCUGAGGGGAAGAGCCUGCCAGAGCUGGGCCUGAAGCAGGAGAAUGUGCGCAUCAAUGGCUGUGCCAUCCAGUGCCGUGUGACAACCGAGGAUCCUGCUCGUGGGUUCCAGCCAGACACGGGCCGGAUUGAGGUCUUCCGGAGUGGCGAGGGGAUGGGCAUCCGCCUGGACAGCGCCUCUGCCUUCCAGGGAGCUAUCAUCUCCCCCCACUACGACUCGCUCCUGGUGAAAGUCAUCGCCCAUGGCAAAGACCACCCCACAGCAGCCUCCAAGAUGAGCCGGGCUCUGGCCGAGUUCCGCAUCCGGGGGGUCAAGACCAACAUCCCUUUCCUGCAGAAUGUGCUCAGUAAUGAUCAGUUUCUCCAUGGCACUGUGGACACCCAGUUCAUUGAUGAAAACCCAGACCUCUUCCAUCUGCGGCCUGGCCAGAACAGAGCUCAGAAGUUGCUCCACUACCUGGGACACGUCAUGGUAAAUGGCCCCACCACGCCCAUCCCUGUGAAAGCCCAACCUUCGCCCAUUGACCCGGUGGUGCCUGCGGUUCCCUUAGGGCAGCCCCCCACCGGCUUCCGGGAUGUCCUUCUCAGUGAGGGCCCUGUGGGCUUCGCCAAGGCCAUUCGCCAGCACCAGGGCCUGCUUUUAAUGGACACCACCUUCCGAGAUGCUCACCAGUCACUGCUGGCCACUCGUGUUCGCACCCACGACCUGAAGAAGAUCGCCCCCUUCGUAGCUCACAACUUCAGUAGGCUCUUCAGCAUCGAGAACUGGGGAGGUGCCACCUUUGAUGUUGCCAUGCGCUUCCUGUAUGAGUGCCCCUGGCGCCGGCUACAGGAGCUGCGCGAGCUCAUCCCCAACGUCCCAUUCCAGAUGCUGCUGAGGGGGGCAAAUGCGGUGGGCUACACCAAUUACCCAGAUAACUCCGUCUUCAAGUUCUGCCAGAUGGCCAAAGAGAAUGGGAUGGACAUCUUCCGCGUCUUUGACUCUCUCAAUUACCUCCCUAACAUGCUGCUGGGGAUGGAGGCAGCUGGGCAGGCCGGGGGCGUGGUGGAGGCCGCCAUCUCCUACACGGGGGAUGUGGCUGAUCCCAGCCGGACCAAGUACACCUUGGAUUACUAUGUUAGCCUUGCGGAGGAGCUGAUCAAAGCCGGGACUCACAUCUUGGCCAUCAAGGACAUGGCUGGAGUCUUGAAGCCGCAGGCCUCCUCCAUGCUGGUGGGGGUGCUGCGCAAGCACUUCCCCGAUGUCCCGCUUCACAUUCACACCCACGACACUUCGGGUGCUGGCGUGGCUUCCAUGUUGGCUUGUGCUGCUGCUGGAGCUGACAUUGUUGACGUUGCGGUGGAUGCCAUGUCGGGCAUGACUUCCCAACCGAGCAUGGGCGCGAUGGUGGCUUGUACCCGUGGCACAGAGCACGACACAGGCAUCCAGAUGGAGAAAGUCUUUGACUACAGCGAAUACUGGGAGGUGGCUCGGGGCCUCUACGCGGCCUUCGACUGCACGGCCACCAUGAAAUCUGGCAACGCGGACGUCUACGAGAACGAGAUCCCCGGCGGCCAGUACACCAACCUGCACUUCCAGGCCCACAGCAUGGGGUUGGGCCACAAGUUCAAGGAGGUGAAGAAAGCCUAUGUGGAGGCCAACAAGCUGCUUGGCGACCUCAUCAAGGUGACACCCUCUUCGAAGAUUGUGGGCGACCUGGCUCAGUUCAUGGUCCAGAACAACUUGACGAAGGAAGAUGUGGAAGCUCAGGCAGACGAGCUCUCCUUCCCCCAGUCCGUGGUGGAGUUCCUGCAAGGCUACAUUGGCAUCCCCUACGGGGGCUUCCCAGAGCCCUUCCGCUCCAAGGUGCUGAAAGAUCUGCCCCGUGUGGAGGGCCGCCCUGGGGCCUCCCUACCUCCUCUGGACUUCACAAAAUUGGAGCAGGAAUUGUGCGAAAAGCAUGAAGAGAUCACCCCAGAAGACGUCCUGUCUGCUGCCAUGUACCCCAAGGUCUUCAGUGACUUCAAGGACUUCACAGCCUCCUUUGGGCCUGUCGAAUGUCUCAAUACUCGGCUCUUCCUGGAGGGGCCCAAGAUAGCCGAGGAGUUUGAGGUGGAGCUGGAACGGGGGAAGACGCUGCACAUCAAGGCCUUAGCCCUGGGAGACCUCAACCGGGCUGGCCAGAGGGAAGUCUUCUUUGAACUGAACGGGCAGCUGCGCUCCAUCCUGGUCAAGGACGCCAAGGCUAUGAAGGAGAUGCACUUCCACCCCAAAGCCCUGAAGGAUGUCAAAGGCCAGGUGGGGGCUCCCAUGCCUGGGAAAGUCAUCGACAUCAAAGUGAAGGAAGGCGGGCAGAUUGAGAAGGGACACCCGCUCUGCGUCCUGAGCGCCAUGAAAAUGGAGACCGUGGUCAAUUCACCCAUGACAGGCACGGUUAAGAAAAUUUAUGUCAAGCCUGAGAUGAGCUUAGAAGGGGAUGAUCUGAUCCUGGAGAUUGAGUAGCCAUCUCGUCCCAGGGACCUCAAAUCAACUUUCCCAGCUUUCAUCACUGGACCUCCCUUUCCCUUCCCUCCACUCCUCUAGGGGAGGAGCAGGGCUGGGUUUCAGGAGGGCAGGGGACUCAUUGCUUCCCCCCUCCCUCCGUGAGCAUGGUGGCACUCGUUGUUGCCUUCCUCCUCCUGGCAGAGAGAAAAGGAGCCGAGUGAGAAGGAAUUGCUGUGGCCAUGUGCACAUGUCCCCCAGCCCAUCUCUCUUCGGCCCCCUUUUCCUGGAGGCCGUGAGCCUGUUUGGCAGUAGAAGGGGCCGCUUCUGUCCCAGGCGGGAGGGUAGGGGGUCCUCCUCUCUAGCUGCUGCUUCUGCUUCCCUCCUUUCUCCUACCUUUGUGGAGGAUAAUUUUUGCCCCAAUAUCAGCCUUUUUCCCCUCCCUUUAUCCAUCUGCCUAGUCCCUUCUGUUUCAGUUGCCAAACCGAGGAAGAUUGGCCAUGCCCAAGUUUGAACUCUGGGCUGCCGCUUUGUGAUGUAAAAGCCAGCUAAGCCGAGACUCCAGGGCUGCUUUGGAGGGGGUGGAGGGGCUGCCAUUCCUCUUUCCACCACUGGAAGAGGCAGCGCAACCAAAUCAUGAUUUUCCUGGGUUGCCAAUUAUUGGACCAAUCAUCUGGGCUGGGCCUGAGAAUCGUGGAUGGACACUUGGGUAAAACAAGGGAAGGGCAAAACUUUUAGUGGAAGCCCUUGAAAGAAAUAAAACGAAACGCUAUGGC